GUGUGAAUAGUUUAGGCCCAGUUCCACUGAAACGAGGUGGCUGGUGGCAGACCUUCGCGAGCAGUGCAUACGGAAACGUAACACUCAUCGCAUGCUUUCUUUUAAGUUUCCUUAUAAUAGGCGACUGUGGAGUAAGAAUCAGGCGUAAUGGCGCAGGGUGAUAGUAAUUUCCUAACCAUCCCCUCGCAAGAGAGUAUUUUCAGGACAGUGAGGGUUGAGCGUUCAGGAGAAGAGAUCAGCAAGCUCAUGGGCGAUGAAGAUGAGGAAGAAACGGAGGAAGACACGGAGGAAGACGUUCGGCUUAUACCAAGGUGCUCUCCCGUGCCCAGAAAGCGAGGACCUUCAAUUGCCGAUGGAACAGCGGAGUACAUGCGAAUUCGUCUCGCGCUGCCCAGCAGAAGAGUGUCGUUUGUUGACAGCACAGGAGGCGACCUGGCUGAUGUCAGAAUGUUUGUACUGUUUGAAUCGGAUGACGAGGACGACUCAAAAUGGGAGGAAGAGCAGGCGCUGUACCGAAAGGCGUACCGUGAGCACACUUACCGUAUGUCGCCAGAUUUCCAUGCGCUCGCGGGAACGGAGCUCGAGCUCUCCGUUCACACCAAUAAGCUGGAGGUAGAGCGCGUGACAUCUGUGCAGGACGAGCCUGUGUCUUUCGAGGUGCUGAUCCGGGUGCUCAAUAUUUCUUUUCACAAAUCAGUCUAUGUCCGGUCCACAAUGGACGGAUGGAUCAGUCACUUUGAUCAUCCAGCCGAGUACGUCGAGGGCUCCAACGAUGUUGAAACGGACAAAUUUUCAGUGAAGCUGUGUUUCGCUUCACCGUACCUCUUCAACGGAGCGCGAAUCGAAUUCGUUGUGCGAUAUGAGACGUCAGAUGGAGAGUUUUGGGCGAACAACAACGGCAGGAAUUAUUCAGUGACUCUCAUUCAGUCAUAUGAGGACGACACUGACCAGUCCACCAAGGCGGCGAAUAUUGAGCUAAGAGGUAUCCUAAAGCUCCCCAGGUGCCGAUCGGACAUUGAUUACGAUGACUCUUAUGACAAAGAAGAUGCACACUUGUGCAGCAAAGACUGUGAAUCAUCGGAGGUUCAGACAACUUGUGCACAGCCGAUUAUAGUCCAGCCAGAGAUCGGCAUUGAGAUAGCCAUGAAUUUGCCCAGUUUUUCACAGUCCAUCAGGCAUUCCUUAACAGCAGGAUGUCCUCCAUCCACUACAAAUAUUCCCUACGGAGAACCACUUCUGCUAGAGUCAAUUUUGUCCAAUAAUUCACCACAAACAGAAGAGUCUGAAACAAUGGGCGAAGCCAUUCAGCAGUUAUCAGUACUUGACCAAAGAUCACAUCUAAAUCAGCAGCUUUCUGAACCUCAAGAUCAAGUCUAUAAUGUUGUCCCAUCAUUGUCUCCUACUAUCCUUGUCUCCCUCAAUGAUGAGACAUCAGAGAAUGAUUUUGAGGAAUUUCAUAAGUCUGAACCUCAUCCACAUAAAGAUGAUUUCCAGUUUGAGAUUUCAUCACAAGUGCCUUUUGAGUUCAGCCAACCCUCGUUGGCUGGGUUUCCAGAUGCAUCGUACAUCCAGGCAGAAGGUAUAAAAAUGUUAAAGGAGGAGAAAGAUGUUGAGGAAAUACAGUUAGAAAUCGAUGAGACAGAGGCAGACAUGCUGGAACAGCUAAAUCAGAAAAUCAAGGAUGAACAGACAAACACUUACUUUCAAAUGUUGGAUGAAGCUGUGCAGUCUCAUUCCUCAAAGAAUGUUAACAAUGAUGAUGCAACUGAAGACGUGGAACACCUCAAUCUCACUGUGGAUGCAGACAGUUUCUCUGAGAGCUUACAGCACCCUCUGGAGGAAGGAUCUCAUGAACAGGAAUUAGAAGUUGUCUCUAUGGUCAGAGCCGAGACCACAAAGGUGGUUGAUGUGAUGCUCACAAUGGAAAGCACCAAGAUGGGUGAUGAGGAAAUGGCUGGUUUGGUGGCUUCCUGUCUUGCAGUCACCAAUUCAGGUCCCAUAAGACAGGACAGAGAAACCCAAAAUGUACCAAUCUAUUCACUCACAGAAACCUUUUAACAUGAGCUAACCACAACACAACAUCAGAAAGAGGAGGAACUUGUCCUGGAGGGGAGUGAGCUUGCCUCAGUCUUGCCUGAGGAUACAAACGGUAAACAAACCAUUACCAUGUCUGCUCCAGACCAUCAAAAAAACAAACAGGAAAAGUCAGGACUGGCCAGCAUUUCUGGAAUGACAUUUGUAGCCCCUGAUUUCACCUUCAGUCUUCGUCAUUCAGCUGUUCACUCAACAGAAGAUGAUAUAGCUUACCAUAAUUCUUUCCAGAAUGAUGAACUGACUGCUGCUUCAAAGCAAACAUGUAAAGACUCAGAAACCCAGACACCACUGCUUAGAGAAAGCACAAAAAUAUGUGAAAUAUCAAAGGGUCAAACUGAGGUGACUCUGGACAAGUCUCUGAUUGCCUCUUUCACUUUCUUCAGUGCUGUUGUCUGCUUAGCUGCUGGGAUUCAAGAGCCCAGCAUUUUCCUGUUUGUGGGAUUAUUCUUAUUGUCCCUCUCUUUCUGAUUUCUGGUGUUUUCUUUGUAGCUUUUCUUUCUCCUCCACCCCUUACUCCUAAAAAGACUUGAGACUUUACAUUCUUCUUUUCUCUCUUGUGCCUUGAUGAAUUCCAACAAUAAGUUUAAUGUAAACCGAGCUGGUGUCAUAUUUGUGUUUAUAUAAAUGUAAAUAGAGCAGUAGUGAGAGUUUUUGUGUUUUUAAAUUUAGGAGAACUCAUGUGCGGUUUUCCAUCAUCGGGCCAAAUGGUUCUCAUUGUGGAUCGGCACUGUUCCAGGCUAGUUGGCACAGUUAUGUUUUGUUUUUUUCACUGUGGUGCUGCAAAAACAGGAUUAGAAUGGACUGACUGGGCACGUGAACAAUCGUGAGUCGCCACAUCACUACAUGCGUUCCACCAAAGUAGUUGGACUGUACUAAACCAUGCUCAAGUGGAAAUGCUACUAGAACCGUUACUCACCAUGCUCAGAAUCGUUCGGCCCGAUGGCUUUGACUUAUUGUGUAUCCAGACUUCCAGCAUAUAAUUUCCAGUGGUUUAUAUAAAACCAAAAAUAGUAUGAGCAGACAAUGUGUGUUUUAGCUGAAUGACAUCACUAUAUAUUCUUUCAUUAUUCGUCAUUGGAAAUAUGAUUCACCUUUACUGCAUUUAUUCACACUUACCAAAAUGUUUGUCAGUUUUUUGUUUUGUUUCUAUUGAGCCAAUCAUACUGCCCCUAAAAACAUGCAUUUGGUUCAUUUACACAACCACUUCAGUAGUUCACUUAUAACUUGGAUGACUUGAGGGUGAGUGUAUGUGGGUUUUAUGUUUGAAAUGAUGUAGACUGACAUGAGACUAAGCAAACAGCCCAAAGUGAUUGCUGAGCUCUGCGUUUAAAGAAAUUCAGAAAAGUUUAAACUUGUACAAGUUUAAAAUAAACAAUUAAACUAAGGUCUUACAAAUUGAAGGUGACAAAAUGUAAAUCGCUGUAGACAUUGGGCUUGUAUAUUAAUUUACUGGACUGCACUGUGAAACUGGUGUGUGAUAUUGUAUAUGGAUAUGAAUCUUUGUUUAACCUAGGUUACACAUUUUGCCUGUAAACCUAAAAUCACAAGUUUUUAUUUUUUUAAAUGUGUUACAUUUGUGGAUUAUUCAACAAUAACGUGAGUUAAAGAAACAUUAGAGCCAAAUAAUGUACUACUUAAAGGAGCAAUCUGUAACAUUGAUAUCAAGCGUUUAAAAUGGGUACUGCAUUAAAAAUUCAAAAUUUUGGAGAGAGUUGUCUCCUCCACCCCCUCCUCCCCAGACUCUAAGCGUACGCAGUUGGUAGGUUUAGGACACGCAACAGGAAUGAGCAAACUGACAAUGGCAAGCGAUGAGCCUUACACUGUAAGCUGAUCAGCUAAUUUAUACGUUUGCAAUGUUUUUGUUUGAAAAUUAUAAACCAGCUGUCUGUCAAUGUUAGCUAGAUGUAUUGCUGGCUUCCAUGGCUGCAGCGCACUGUGUUUGCCCACUAACUUGGCGGGAUCACACAGGCCAAAACACAAACAGAUAUUCCAGCCUGGAACAAACAUUUCAAAGUAGAAUAUACUGGUUGUAGCACUGUUUUCGGAGAAGCCAGUAUUUCAACUUUCUAUUCCUAAAUCUCUGAUAACAUAUUAUGAUAAUUGUAUGCUUUAGUACAAUAAAUAUAUUAUAUAUUGCACCUUUAAGAGCUGCAUCUUCUACACAGUCUCAAAGUUAGCACAGGUCGGUCAGUGAGACAAGGAUAUAGCCUUUUGCAGUGCACUUUAAAAGCAUGCCCUGAGCCCCUGAUUUCACCCUAAAAGGUCAUGCAUUGCUCUGAAGCCACAGCAUUGAGUUACUGGGUGACUGAACACCAUUGUAAGCUGUUAUGGUAAUGCAGCUCCUUAAAGAAAUCUUUGACCCUUGGUUCCCCUUUUCUAAACCUGGACUGAAAAAGUAGUGUCACUCUUUUAUUACUGAAUUAAUGUAAGGAUGGGUAACCAAAACAAGUACACAAAGAUGUGGACAGAUGUAAUGCUUGACAGCCAAAACAUGUUCACUUUUUGAGCUUAAAAGAAAAAAAAACAAAAAACACCCCCAUUGUAGCUUUUCACUGGCAAAGUAAAAAUAAAAAUCUAUGAGCUUGAUUAAUUUAUUUGUCUUUUUAGUGUACAUCCUUUCACAUAUUAGGAUGAUUCAUCAAAAUGAUUUAAACUUUUGUAUUGACGUUAUACAAACAAUAUUCACAGCGCAAUGGAACUCAUGAUAUGAUUUAAUAACCAAGGACCCCAAACAUGUUCUCAUGUUUAUGUUGAACAUGCAUGGGUAUGCUCUGACAUAAAUGUGAGAUCAUGUGACAACAUCAAGGCAACUAGAUUUUUUUCCCCAAUACAAAACUAACAAAAAUAACAAGUGGUAAACUUUAAAUAUAUACAUAUGCACAGAUUUUGUUUUACUCUUUGUUUCGUUUAUGAAGAUGACAUUUCUGUGAAUUUAAUAGUGAAAUGUUCCUGAGACUGUCCUAUCACAUGAACCUAACUCAACAUCCCAAAGUUGCGCUGUCCUGUUCUGAAAACCACCUGUAUAGUAGUAGAUAGAUCUGUAAAAAACAGCAUUCAAGCUCUUCCGCUUAUUCAUACAUCCUGUUGUUUAAUGUCCAGCUCUCAAAAACAGCCUCUGAAAGACCAAAUUGAUAGUAAAAUUAAUAUAUUUUGACACAUGGAUUGUUAGACUAUAUACAAAUAAAAUACAUAAAGACAACAUUAUGUAUGCAUAAAAGACUGCAACUCGUGUUGGUCCACCUUUCCUCAGUCCGACAAUUUUGCCUCUCUGUGCAAUUUAACCCCCUGGUGAAUAUUUCAUGACAAAAUCAUUAUAUGCUUUAAAGGGAAGGUUCACCCCAAAAUGAAAAUUCUCUCAUGAUUUACUCACCCUCAUGCCAUCCCAGAUGUGUAUGACUUUCUCUCUUCUGCUGAACUCAAAUGAAGAUUUUUAGGAGUCAGCAUAAAAGUUGAAUGGUUAAAUCAGUCUUCAGAAGUGAUAUGAUAGGUGUGUGUGUGAGAGAAACAGAACAAUAUUUAGUUCCUUUUUUUUUUUACUAUAAAUUCUCCUCCCUGCUCAAUCUCCACUUUAACUUUCACAUUCUUCUUGUGUUUUUGGCGAUUCAAAAUCUUCAUGCAUAUCGCCCCCUACUGGGCAGGGAGAAGAAUUUCUGGCAAAAAAAAAAAAAAAAAAAAAAAAAAGGA